AACUAUCAUUUGAAGCAUUUAAACUACACUUCUGGGAGUACAGUUCCCACGCAAACAGCAAGAGGUUACCGAGAACAGAAGAAAUGGAGAUGAAAAUGUUUGUUUUAUUGCUCAGUGUGUGCAUUUUGGGAAUGACCAAUUCCGUUUCUGGAGCGGAAUGGUUAAGAUACAAUAAGCAUUGGUAUUAUCAUUCUACUCAGAAACUGAAUUGGAUGGGAGCCCAGUUGUACUGCCGACGUCAGGGUGGAAAUUUGGUACACAUCGACAAUGCGCAUGAGAACAACUGGUUAUCUUCAAAGUACACCACAGGAUCCAUAUGGAUUGGAUAUACUGACCAACAUGCGGAAGGUCAGUGGAGUUCAAUUACUACUGGAGAGAGAGUGUCGUACACCAACUGGUCAAGAAACAAUCCGAACAAUUACAAAGGAAAUCAACAUUGCGGAACAUUGAACUGGGGAGGUAACGGCCGCUGGGACGACAAUUCCUGCUCUACGAAACUUACCUUCAUCUGUGAAGUUUCAGGUCGCUGAUAAAAAAUAGAGGGAGGACUUGCAGCCGUUUAACAAUGUCUGUACAUAAUAAAAUUAUUAAUUGCAAUA